CUCCAGCAGCACUCCGAGAUCUAAAUAUUCAGGACCAUGGCCGGGGCCUGGAGGCGCGGAGGCGGGACGGGAAAGGCGCCGCAGCGUGCACGCCCCGGCCGCGGGAUGGAAGUCGCGGCGGGCGGACUCCGCGGACCGCCCCAGGCGCGCACACUCCCGCGUGCACGCGACGCUGCGGCCGCGUCCAGUCGUCUAGGCGCUACCGAGGUCUCGGCAGUACGAGGUCCCGACUGAUCGAACUGUCCCCGCGGGAAAGGGCGCGACUAGCACCAGAUUCUUGGUGUCCUCCAGAACAGAUAGAGCGUCUCAAGGGACCGAGCCUUUAGUGGACGACAUCCGCCAUAGCCCUCGUCAGGUCCUGAAAAGGCGAGCGAAGAAUCAGCCAGCGACCAGAGCUCACUGCUGCAGACCCCACGUCCUCCUCCCCAGCCUUCCCUUCCAGGCCACCAUGUCUGCUGGCAAUGGCACCCCUCGCGGGUCUGCAGUGGGGGAGGAGAUAUGGGCGGGAUCAGGAGUGGAGCUGGAAGACUCCGAGCUGCCCACUUUCUCAGCUGCAGCCAAGGUCCGAGUGGGGGUGACCGUGGUGCUCUUCGUUUCUUCAGCUGGCGGUAACUUGGCCGUGCUGUGGUCUGUGACACGGCGGCAAUCCAGCCAGCGCCGACCCUCUCCCGUCCGGCGACUCUUCGCCCAUUUGGCAGCUGCCGACUUGCUGGUCACUUUUGUGGUUAUGCCCCUAGAUGCUACCUGGAAUAUUACUGUUCAGUGGCUGGCUGGGGACAUCGCAUGUCGGACACUUAUGUUCCUGAAACUAAUGGCCAUGUAUGCUGCAGCUUUCCUGCCUGUGGUCAUAGGACUUGACCGCCAGGCAGCAGUACUCAACCCGCUUGGACCCCGCUCAGGUGCGAAGAGACUUCUGGGGAUAGCCUGGGGACUUAGUUUCCUGCUUGCCUUGCCCCAGCUGUUCCUGUUCCAUACUGUCCGCCGAGCUGGCCCAGUCCCCUUCACUCAGUGUGUCACCAAAGGCAGCUUCAAGGCUCAAUGGCAAGAGACCACCUAUAACCUCUUCACCUUCUGCUGCCUCUUUCUGCUGCCACUAACUGCCAUGGCCAUCUGCUAUAGCCGCAUUGUCCUCAGUGUGUCCAGUCCGCGAACCAGAAAGGGGAGCCAGGCCCCUGCUGAUGAAUUUACCCUACGCCGCUCCUUAGACACUCGCCCCCGUGUUCGCCUUCGGGCCCUGCGACUGGCCCUCCUUGUUUUGCUGACCUUCGUCCUCUGCUGGACACCUUAUUACCUACUGGGUCUGUGGUACUGGUUCUCCCCCACCAUGCUAACUGAAGUCCCUCCCAGCCUCAGCCAUAUCCUUUUCCUCUUUGGCCUUCUCAAUGCUCCUUUGGAUCCUCUCCUCUAUGGAGCCUUCACCCUCGGCUGCCGGAGAGGGCACCAAACACUCAGUAAAGACUCCUCCCAGGAAGGAGGGUCUGGGAGAAUGCCCCAACAGGAGAGUAAAACCCUCAGACAGCUGAAAAUGCAAACAACUGUGACAUCAAGAAGAGGAGAAACAAAAGAGACAUUCCUAUAACAUCCAAGUUUUCUCACAACGGAGUAUAAAGAAUAGUCAUUACUCUCCAAUACCCUAAGAACCUCUCUCUGCUGCCCCUGCUUUUUUAGCUUCGAACAAAAGAAGUGCUGAGAAGAACUGUGUUUUGACCUGAGACUUGAGACUAUGUCUAAAGCAGAAACUCACAGAAUUCAAUCCUU